AUUGAUACAGUGUCUUGUAUAAAUGUAGUUACUUCAAAAGUAAUAGUUAUUCUGUUUCAUGGAGGUAUGAACAACGGGAAAAGAAUUAAAAUUGGGAAAUGGCUUCUCACUUUUUUUUAUUUUUCUAAUUUCCGGCCCCUCAGAUACCUUUGCUUGAUUAUAUUAUAUUUUAUGCACCGACAACGUUCGUAACAGAGUCUUGAAAAGAAUGACAGCUAACAAGCAAGCAUUGCAAUUCAUAAAACACUUAAAACUUUUCCAUUUGCCUCCCUAUUAUUAGGCCUGUUUUUGAGACUUUAUCUGUCAUACACUGUAAGAUUGCAGCAAAUGGCACCAACGAAUACAGUUUUGGUACACCGCAUAUUUCCAUCUCUAACCUUGGAUAUAUAGUCCAAAUAUAUUCGCACAAAGAUUAGGUGUUUUAGUUUUUGGAGAGACGAAUAUAUGGAGAUUAGUUAGGUGGUAAUUAGCGUCAUAAUUACUCCACAUAUUACUAUGAAAAUGAAAAAAUUGCAUUAAAAGUAAGUCUCUAAUAAGUAAUAGUUAUCGUUUCAUCAAAAAAUAAUAAUUAUAAUAACAGUUAUCAUCAUGAAUCAGAACCGUUGGGAAGAAUAAGUUUUGAUCUUAAAUGGUUGGUUUAUCAUUUACUUAAAGAAUUAAAAUUUGAAAUCAUUGUCAUGAUAAUAAAAGAAAGUAACCGUUACUGUCUUCAAGAAUGAGAGAACAGGCAGGGCCGGGUUUAGGAUGAGUAGCUUUCAAUACUUGCUUAAGAUUACGGGAAGGCCAAUAUUCCUCUCUUUGCGGUCAAUUCCUUAAAGGGAUGGACUCUCUUAAUUUCUUUAACAGAACCCCUGUAUAUUAUUGUCUAACAAGCCUAUAUCUUUUGUUGUUGUUGCUUUUGUUGCUAUUGUACUUGGUGUAUUACUUUUUGCAUUGCCGAGUGCCAAAACAGAAACACAGAAGAUGGUAGGUCAUGAUGAACUAUUCGGAGGCGAAGACCUCUCUCUUGCUCACCCUGACCCUGUUGUGUUAGAGCUCACCCGAUUGCAGAACCAACUCAAAGAAAAGGACCGGGAGUUAGGAGCUGCUCAGGCUGAAAUCAAGGCUUUGAGAGCAACUGAAGUGCUGAAGGAUAAGGCCAUAGAAGAGCUCCGGAGUGAAGUUCAAAAGUUGGAUGAGAAACAUAGAGUCACUGAGAAUCUCCUCCAACUUAAGAAUCUUGAAAUCAAGAGACUGACAAAUGAGAAGAAAGAAGCACUGGCUGCACAAUUUGCCGCAGAAGCAACUCUUAGAAGAGUGCAUGCAAAUCAAAAGGAUAAUGAUGAUGGUGUUUCUAUUGAGUCUGUCAUUGCUCCUCUGGAGGCAGAGAUUAAAAUGUAUAAAAAUGAGAUUGCGAUACUACACGAGGAUAAGAGGGCUUUGGAACGUCUUACUAAGUCAAAAGAGUCUGCUUUGCUUGAAGCAGAGAGGAUUUUGCGAAGUGCUUUAGAAAGGGCUUUAAUAGUUGAGGAGAUUCAAAACCAGAACUUUGAGUUAAGGAGACAGAUUGAGAUUUGCCAGGAGGAGAAUAAGAUCCUUGAGAAAACCAAUCGCCAAAAGGUCUUAGAGGUUGAAAAGCUUAGCCAAACCAUUCAGGAACUUGAAGAGGCCAUUUUGGCUGGUGGGGCUGCUGCUAAUUCUAUCCGUGACUAUCAGCGACAAAUUUAUCAACUUCAUGAGGAAAAGAGGACACUUGAAAGGGAGCUCGCAAGAGUCAAAGUUUCAGCAAACCGCGUAGCGACUGUGGUGGCUAAUGAGUGGAAGGAUGAGAAUGACAAAGUAAUGCCUAUCAAGCAAUGGCUGGAGGACAGAAGGCUGCUGCAGGCCGAGAUGCAAAGAUUGAAAGACAAACUAGCUGUGUCAGAGAGAACAGCAAGGGCAGAAGCACAGCUUAAGGAUAAAUUCAAGCUAAGGCUCAAGACCUUGGAAGAUGGCUUAAAACAUGUAUCAAGUUUCUCAGUUAAUCCUAAUGCAUCUUGUGGGUCCCCAAAACCAGAAAAGUCCAGCAACAUCUUAGGGUUUUUAACAAGCAGCGGUGGACUAAGAAAGAGGUCUACCUCUCAGCCAAGGGCUUCCACCAUCAGUGGAAGUUCUCUACUGCAGCGGCCAAGUGUAGAAAAUGGCAAAGCCAAUGCUAAUACCGGAAUAAAACAAGCAAAUAGCUUGAAAAAGAGGGCUGCAUCGGGAGAAAAUAUGCUAAGAAAAAAUUUGUGGGCGUCUAGGUCUAAGGUUGCUGAUAGUAAUGAGAAGGAAAAUGCUGAAAUGAAGGUAAACACGGAUAUUAAUAUCCAUAAAGAUGAUGACACGACAGGUAGCAAUGAACAGACAGAUAACAGAGGAAAUGCCGAUUGCAAUGCUGAAGAUGUGGUUUCAGGGUUUUUGUACGAUAGGCUUCAGAAAGAGGUCAUCAAUUUAAGGAAGUGCUGUGAGGCUAAAGACAGCAGUUUGAAUGCUAAAGAUGAAGAAAUAAAGAUGCUAGUGAAGAAGGUUGAAGCAUUCUUAAGAGCCAUGGAAGUGGAGUCCAAACGGGUGAAGAGAGAAGCAGUAGCUAAAGAAAAGGAAAAUCGAUCAGCCAAAAUGGAUGAUACCAAAAAGAUAAAUAACAACGACUCCUCUAGAAGGUUAAGCAAAACAUCUUGAAGAUUCCCAUGGAUGGUACGUGGAUGUUGUAGAAAAAUUGGACUUCAUUUGAUUCGUUUUCCAUGUCUUCUGAUUUUCAAUGUAAAUAUUGAAUGUUUUUGCUGAUUGUAGCGAGUCACAAAUAAAGUUUCUGAUUGAUGAAAUUUGGUUUGUAAAAGAAAUAGGGUUGGACUGUUGGUUGGAGACCUGAUCUUUAUAACAUCCUAGGAUGAUGUCCAAUUGUGUUUUCUAAUGCUUGACGUUUGUAUAAAUGAUUAUCCAAUACGAUUCACUUGGUUUCUUUCCUUACUUUUAUAGAGCUGUAAUUUAUGUUUUGGUGACUGCUAGAUGUAGAAUCCUAACCGCAAAAGAAUGCAGAAAACAGAGAAUACGGAAACGAGGGAGAGGUUAUAGAAUUGAGACUAUUAAAGCACAAGAUAUCUAUGGAGAAUCACAUCAACAAAAAGUGUUUUUAUAGAACACAGGUAACCCGAAAACAGUAUCACAUCAACAUAAAAGGCAAGAACACUGUUUGAUCUAGUGGACUGAAAAUGGGCAUAGGAGGACAAUUUAACUAAACCCUAUUGCUUGCAAUGGCUGGUAAAAAUCAGAUUCCCCUCAUAUUGGUCGCAAGUUGCAAUAUUGAAAGAACGUGAGCACUUGUUAGUGGCUAUCAUGAAAACUAUGCCAAUUCCAUUGUCCAUUGCCUUCGAUUUUUCCUUUUGAAAAUUUUUCCUAGCCAAUUUUUAUGUGCAGAUGAUAAAUUUGCCACCUUUUUGAUUGAUAGAACCAUAACUUGCUUCUACACCAAAAAUACAAUAUAGAAAAAUUUCCCACCAUCAAAGCACUGACCUGG